ACACUUGCGCGCUUUCUGCUAUCAAAACAGUGUUGUGGAGUGGAGAGUUGAGUUCCAGUCCAAGUCUAUGACAAGUAAAUAGCUACAGAAAAACAUCAGUCAUACUCAUCGUGCUAGUGCUGGCCUGUUAUUCUUGCUGCUGCUUUCCCUGUGCCGGCGAUAAAGAAUCGUGUCUUCAUCCUAGAUCCUAGAUUCUGCAGAUCCCGUGCGGGUAAAAUCCAGUGCACGCAACGCGCGACUGAGCGCAGCUGUUCAGCAUUCCGACACCAUCGGCAUCGGCGCAGGGCUUGGUUCUUGCUGAAACAGAGAGGAGGCCUUCCUGCUACUGCUGCUGCUUUUCUGCCGAUUCUACCUGUCUUUGUUGGGGUCACUGAUCUGCUCGUGGCCACCAUUCUGCAGCCACUGGUCUUACUACUGGAGGUUGUAGGUUUCUUGUACUUGUGUAAACGUUGUGGACAUCGUCACCCCGACACGGCUAGCACGCAUUGUGUCACAUAAUUAUUUUUUGAAUCAGCUUGUCGGUGUGUUCGCGUGUGUAAGUUGUAAAGCCUGCGCCUGUGACUAGCUGUUAGACCACGUGCUGCCCCAAACUGACCCGACCAACUACUACAGAGAGCUAGCUGUGAGACGUUGCAAGCUUGACUGAGUGUGAGUGAUUGUUCCUCCGUCGGAUCAUUCCCCUGCUGCGUGCUGGUUGUGCUAUAGUGUGCGAGUAAUCGUUGUGCCAUCGGCGUGGCGGUAAUGCGGCCCAACUGAGUAAUGUCCAUCUUUAUGCCCACCAACAUGGAUAGUUCUUCUGGAGUUGCAGCAGCGGUGCCUGCCGGACUUUCAGCCCCUACCCGGACAGGCGCAAUGAACGGUACGGGCUCAACGGCCGACCCGAGCAAAUCCCUCACAGAAGUUGAAUUACUCGUCCAAAUGCGACCGCUAAAUGUUCCCAAUUUUCUAUCAUCAUCGCCGUCUACAACUCUAGCGACGUCUACUAGUGGCUCGGCAUCUAUGCCCAUCCCUCGAUCGAGCUCAGUCGGCAGUGCCCCACAAUUCUCUAAGAGUGGUAGUAGUCCUACUCAAAAGAGUCGACGUCGAGCACCGGGCACCACUCCAUUCAACCCGCACGCGUCCAUCACAGCGGAGGAGCUGCGGGAGUACAAGGAUCCGAGCAAGAAGCCACCUUUUAGUUUCCUGACGUUAUGCACGUACGCUAUUAACCAGGGUUCGGUCCGAGAGACUGGUGAUGUGGACGCUGAGGGAAAUCCACUCAGGUCGAAAAUGCUGUCGUUGAACGAAAUCUACUCGUACAUAUCGGACAACUUUCCUUUCUUCAAGCACGUAGUGCAGACCGGUCAGGGCUCUUGGAAGAAUUCUGUUCGUCACAAUCUGUCGCUAAGCCCAGGCUUCAAGAAGGUCAAACGUCCGGCUGAUGAUCCCGGAAAGGGCCAGUAUUGGAUGAUUGAGUUGAACCCACCGAAUGGAGACUACACACCACGUAGGAAUCGACGAAAGCAGAAUCGAAGUGCUCGGCACUAUUCCCUAUCGCCAUAUCGAUGCGUAGUGGGAACGUCUCCUUCACCAUCCGGCAUCUCCGACCACAGCAGUGACGAUGCGCACCGCGGUAGAAGUCGCUCUCUGACGCAUGGCCGCAGCCAGCAAUCAAGGGAGACCUCGCCGGCAUUAUCAGGCACGUUCCGCUCAUCAUCAAGCCUUUCGAACCUGGAAUUUGGGUCUGGAUCAAAUGACUUCAGUACACUGGACUUUGGCGAGUCAGCUUCUCCGAACAUAGCGAGGAUGAACACAAACCCACAAUUCCUGGCUCCUGCACACAGCUACGUUUCACGCAGCAUGGACAACCUGCAGACUACUCCGCGCUACGUGUUUCAGCCGGCAACUUUCGUGACUCAGCAACUUAGUGGUCUCGAACCAGAGACGGCUAGCAUGCUUGCCCCGUAUGUAGAUCGCACGCGAAGCGUUAGUGAUCCGCUGAGUGUUGUGGGCAGUAGAUAUGGCUUGCUGAGUGCUAUGGACCUAUCUGGUCAAUCCUCUGCUGCUGCCACCAGUGCGGGUGUCAGUCAAGCAACAGAUCCUGCUUAUCGGCGUGCCACGGUAGGCACAGGUGCUCCGUUCUUGACGGGAUUUCAGACUAUGCACGCCGACGGUGCUCACGGAGGCAAGGUUUCUGAAGACAUGACAAGCGCGCAACAGUACAAUCAUGUUAGAAGCAAGAGCGAAGAAAUCCAGCGCAUGCGAUCAUUGGCGAAUCCACUCUGGGAUACUACCGGGUCUGGUGGGCCUGACGCCUUGCUAACUCAACACCUUCAGAAGCGGGACACAUCUCCCAGCUCAUCGACCGGUGGACAAGUGGACAUGGGUACAAAUGGUCAGUACACCACUUCAGCGGCAGGCUUUCCGCAGGUAAUUCUAGGUGCAAACGGCACACCACAGCAGCCACUACUUUCUCCGUCAUCGACAAUGAGAGCACGUUUCAAGUUACCGACAGUCAGUGUUACUGAUGAUAGCAACAAUGAACACGAACCCACAUCUCUCGACAGCAAUUUCGACAUAACAACAGCCAUUGCAACUGAUGGAAAUGGCCUGCCAAUUGCGUCCCACUCGAAUGUUGGACAGGCACCUGCCAGUGCAAGUGGUGGUGGGUCAAAUGCGACUAUACACAUGCAACUCAUGCGACAGAAUCAGCAGCACUAUGACUACAACCAGCAGCAGUUGCAGGCACAACUGCAGACAGCGAUGCAGGAUCCACAGCAGCAAUCGCCACAGCAAGCAGCAUCUCUGCGACAGCAUUUAGAUCAUUUACAGCAGCAGCAGCAACAGCAGCAGCUACAACAACAACAACAACAACAACAACAACAACAACAACAACAACAACAACAACAACAACAACAACAACAACAACAACAACAGCAGCAGCAGCAGCAAGGAGCAACCGCCCCUAUAGACCAGCAACAGCAGUCUUUACCAAAAAGUAUCAUUCAGCAAACUGCACAUGGUUUGCCGCAGCAGUCGCCAGUUGUGCCUCUGCUGCAGUACCAACAGCCAACGCAACCAGAAUUAGAUCUGAAUCAAAUACAUUUACAGCCUGAGAGUGGUUUUGAUAUGCUGACGUCGCAGGAUUUUUCAGCAAUGCAAUCACUUCACUCUACUGGACCGGUAAGUGGUCCGAUCACGCAGCUAGCAGAAGAACUGGCAUCCAGCUAUGGGCAGCAGUCAGCUAGUGAGUCAAUACUCUCCACCAGUCCCCUCUCUAAUGCUGACUCUGCUGGUGCAAUGGCAGGAGAUUCAGGCUGGUUGGCGUCCGGUGGCGGCGACCUUUCACACAUAGAUGUACACAUGCAACAUCAGUUACAGCUGGCAGUUCAAGCUGAUGCGCAGCGUGCUGGUCAGCUUGCACAGCAUGAGAAUAUUCAGCAAUUGCAGCAGCAGCAGGCACACUGGCAGCAGCAGUAGUCGCUUCUGCUGCGUUAUAACCAUAAUUCUAGUGCUCAUCAUGGCUUGAUGGUGGGAGUUCUGUGAGGUCAGUUCUAAAAACCCACCAUUAUCAGCUACCAAGGAGAACUUACCUGCCGGCAAGCACCGUCCUCAAAGCUUCUUUGCAGCACAUUGUUGUGUGAGUGGCACAGCGGUCAGUGUAGUUAUACCUGCGUGUCUACAACUGCACUAUAUCCUAUACCCCUGUACAUAGCAAUCCGUGGGUGCGGCAAUCUUCAAGUAUGCAGUGCCGUGUGUCAGGCCCAUGGCAUGUCACAAUUUGACCUGAGUUCAAUGUAUUCGAUAAUUGCUGAUCCUUACCAAUCCAUUGGUUAUAGUGUUGAUGCUUGUCCAAUAGUCUUCCAUCCAUACAAUCCCAUGCUGUUGUUGCUCCACCCUUGUCACCCUUUGUGCUCCUGUUGCCGCUGUGGUCGCUGCUCGGGCGACUGCCUCUGCCGUAGCUGCCUGAUGCUGCAAUCAUUUUGACUACUGUUGGCCGCAGUCAGCUUCUAUUUCGCUUUUUAACAAGUCGCUACCGAAUGAACUCGUCAAAACGACUGACCGAAAAUCCUUUGACAUACUUUCCCCAUUCCUUUCCAGCUAUCAGCAGAUGCCUUUCUCAUGAUUUGAGCAGCUUGGCACUCAACCUUCCACAGCCUCGUCUUGUUGAAGUUAAAUAAUUAUAUUGAUUGUGUCCCAUAGCUAAAUUUUCAUGGCUAAAGAAGAGUGAAGCCUGGCAUUCUAUGCACCACUUAUUUUGAUUAUAUCAGUGAACUGCACAAUGCCUGGUGUCAUUGAUCAUUCGGCCAACAAGUCGAAAUAUGCUAUGACUGUUUAGAUCCACCA